AAUGAUAAAUCCUCUACACCUGCUUUAAAGUCCAACACUCCCACGCCAAGGAGUGAUGUACCGACGCCUGGGACAAGCAGCACUCCAGGCCUCCGACCGGCGCCAGGGAAGCCCCCUGGAAUGGAUCCCUUGGCAUCUGCCUUAAGGACCCCCAUCUCCCUUGCUAGCUCUUAUGCUGCCCCCUUUGCCAUGAUGGGGCAUCACGAGAUGAAUGGUUCCCUUGCCAGCCCUGGGGCCUAUGCAGGAUUGCACAACAUCCCCCCUCAAAUGACAGCUGCCGCCGUAGCCUAUGGCCGGUCACCCAUGGUGAGCUUUGAAGCUGUUGGCUUUGACCCCCAUCCACCAAUGAGGACGCCUGUCCUGCCCUCCAUUUCUGGCGGCAAACCAGCUUACUCCUUCCACCUCAGCACAGAUGGGCAGAUGCAGCCGGUUCCCUUCCCUCAGGAUGCCCUUGCUGGCCCUGGCAUCCCCCGCCACGCCCGUCAGAUCAAUACCCUGAGCCAUGGUGAGGUGGUGUGUGCCGUGACUAUCAGCAACCCUACCAGGCAUGUGUACACAGGGGGAAAGGGCUGUGUGAAGAUUUGGGAUAUCAGCCAGCUGGGCACCAAGAACCCCAUCUCCCAGCUAGAUUGCUUGAACAGAGACAACUACAUCCGUUCCUGCAAACUCCUUCCAGAUGGGCGCACACUUAUUGUGGGGGGAGAGGCCAGCACCCUCACCAUUUGGGAUCUGGCUUCCUCCACCCCCAGAAUCAAGGCAGAAUUGACCUCCUCCGCCCCUGCCUGCUAUGCCUUGGCCAUCAGCCCAGAUGCCAAAGUCUGCUUCUCUUGCUGCAGUGAUGGGAACAUUGCUGUCUGGGAUCUCCAUAACCAGACCUUGGUUAGGCAGUUCCAGGGUCACACCGAUGGUGCCAGCUGCAUCGACAUCUCCCACGACGGCACCAAACUCUGGACAGGGGGCUUGGAUAACACCGUGCGCUCCUGGGACCUUCGGGAAGGCAGGCAGCUCCAGCAACAUGACUUCACCUCCCAGAUCUUCUCGCUUGGCUACUGCCCAACAGGCGAGUGGCUUGCAGUCGGAUUGGAGAGCAGCAAUGUGGAAGUGUUGCAUCACACGAAGCCUGACAAAUAUCAGCUGCACCUGCAUGAAAGCUGUGUCCUCUCCCUGAAGUUUGCCUAUUGUGGAAAGUGGUUUGUGAGCACGGGUAAAGACAACCUUCUCAAUGCCUGGAGGACCCCAUAUGGAGCCAGCAUCUUCCAGUCAAAAGAAUCAUCUUCCGUUUUAAGCUGUGACAUUUCAGCAGAUGACAAAUACAUUGUCACAGGUUCGGGUGACAAGAAGGCCACAGUUUACGAAGUAAUCUACUGAGUAGCUAUGACUUGGCUAAUGACUCUGGCAGAAGAACGCAAAAGGAGAGCAUCUGAAGAAGGGUCCUUUGAUGCCCUCUGGAGGGCUUUAUGACCUGGUUGGAUCUUUUGGAAGGGACUUUGAAGCUCAAUAAUCCAGCUGAUCAGUGGCAACGCAUUGUCCAUGCUGGUUUGUGUUUUUCUCUUGGUCCUUAGGCCUCACGCCAGUGAUCAGAAGGUAGCUAACACCCUGGAUGUGCAUUCAGGAGGGGCCCCGGGGUCUCCUUUCCCCAUCAGACUUGUAGGAACUGUAGAUAACAGGAGCUUCAUGCUGAGGCUUCCUUGGUCUGCUGGUCAGCAGCGUGUUGUCGCCCUCUUUGAUUUCUGCUGCUGCUUCCUUGGUCUGCUCUUGCUGUGAACUGCUUCUGUUUGGCUUCCAUUCUGGUGGUAGCCACCAUUAUUUUUCUCCCAACCCUCCCCUCCCUUCCCCUUGAAAAUAUGCUUGGAGAUACUCUUACCAGCCUCGUGACCAGCCUGAGCAAAGGUGUCCUCCAUGAAAUGGUUUUCUCUCUUGGAUGUGUGAACUGGUUCUUCUGGCGUUGAGUCUUCUCAGGGCCAGGUUUGAUCCGUCAGCUGGACCCUUCUCUCCUGAUUCUGAUGGCAGCGGAGAAGUUGCCGUUUCCAAAGCACUUGUCAGUCGGGGCAACAGAAUGCCUUGCCCCCCUCCCCCAGUGGGCCCUUGCCCAUUGCAGCCUUCAGACCCAGACACUGAGAGGACCGGGGGGGGGGGGUUCGGGGACGCAACCGUUAACUAAUAACGCUCAGGGAGCAAAGAAAUAGCAACUUGUGGUGGUUUUUUUUUUUUACUCCAAUGAAAAUUAAGUAAUAGAUAAUAAUGUUUAAAUGCAGGUUGUUUUUUAAGUUGACUAAUGAACAUGGUUUUUUAAUGGGAUGGUGGACAGUGGGAUUUCUGUGGCUUUUGGCAAUCCGUGUUUCAGCCUGUUGGCCUGAGUGAAAGUUGUAUGUGGGGAAGGGAGCAGGGAGGGAGACCCGUUUCUGGCAUUUUUGUACUAAAGGAGAAAAUAAAAAUAAAAUUAAACACAGGAAAUUACGUAUUUGUGUAGCAGAAAAUCUUGCCUUGUAAUGUAGCAUAUGAAAAAGAAUUUUUAUACCACAUUUUAUGGAUUAUUUUUUAAUUGUUGAUUUUGAUCUGGUUUUUAAAAAGGUAACUGUAGCUUGAUGGUGAAAAAACUACCUGUUUCUAUUAAAGGCCCUGCUGAUACACAAAGGCA